AUGAGUAACGUAAACGUAAACGCUCUCGAUUCCCAACGGUCCUCUGAGGACUCCAAUCUGCUUGAACGAAGCACGCGGAAACGGAAGGUUUCCGAUGAGGUCUCUGGUAAUGCGACGGUGAUUCCGGCUAAGUCUACGCCCCUAGAGCAGCUUUCGCCUGCGGCAGUGGACGUUGUAGCGGAAACGCCAAUGAAUGAGCCGACGGGGUCGGCUAUGCAGAUCGAGAUUGAUGGAGUGGUUCAUCAAGAUGCCGUUCCUGCUAGCGGUACUGGGACGGAGCCACCAGCGCCAAUCGCGGAGGCUUUGCCUAGAUCAUAUCUGGACUCGGUGGUGGGCAGCGGUGCUGGUGCUGCUCCGUUUUUACUGGCGUCCCUCUCUGACGAGGAUGAUGCUGCUGAUCCGUCAGGGGAUGAUGAUCUGGGAUCAGAGGAACUAGACCCCACUUGUCCUCGGAUUCGAUUCACUGCGAAGGAAAAAGAUCAGAUCAGGGCACCGUGGCGACAGUCUUUGAUUAUCAAAGUGAUGGGUCGACGGGUUGGCUAUGCAUAUCUCCUGCGACGUUUGCUCUCGAUGUGGCACCCGAAAGGCCGUAUGGAAUUAAUAGCGCUGGAAAAUGACUACUUUUUAGUUCGUUUUGGGAUGGUGGAGGAUUUGGAAUUUGCUAAGUUUGAAGGACCUUGGAUGAUCCUAGAUCACUACCUGAUCGUCAAGGAUUGGGUGCCAAAUUUCGAUCUGUUUGAGGACACGACUGAGAAGGUUUUGGUGUGGGUUCGGUUCCCCAACAUCCCCGUUGAAUAUUAUAAUCUCCUUUGUUUACGGCGAAUCGGAAAUAAACUUGGGCGCACGGUUCGCGUGGAUCACACCACAAGUCUGGUUUCUAGAGGCAAGUUCGCAAGGGUUUGCGUUGAAAUCGACAUCACAAAGCCGCUUCUUUCGACGUUUACUUUGGAAGAAAAGGUUUGGAAAGUAGCGUACGAGGGGAUUCAUCUCGUGUGUUUCUCCUGUGGCCUUUAUGGACAUCGACAAGACUCAUGCUCCCAUACUGCGGUUGAUCAUGUCGCGGUUGAUUCGGAAAGUGGCCAACCGAUGACUGAACAAGCUCUGUCUCCGUCGCACAGUGCGACUCCUGUCGUGAAUACUAACGUAGGCACGAAUGCUGCACAGAGGACGAAACCGUAUGGAUCCUGGAUGCUUGUAACGCGAAAAGAGCGGCGUCAACCAGUGCAAAAUUCGGGUCCUAGCAAUCGUGCUCCCGUCGGUGGGGCUGGUACUGAACGUGGAGCCGCUGGUUCCCGUUAUGCACCUUUGGAGACGGAAGACGGCUUAGGCGCCGUCCCUGAGAAUGAGGCCCAAACCCAGCUGAGGCGGCGACCAGACAAACAGCCUGCUGUGAGCGGUUCGGUGGCUGUGCGCCAACAAGCAGUGGCUCGAAGGGCAAAUGUGAUCGUGAACGAACGUCAGAUUGCAAAUGACAGGGCUGAGGGCCGAACGGGGACUCAUUUAGAGAAGGAGCAGGCGUCCAGGCGUCAGACGGCUAGUGGCUCGGGGUCAAGGCGUGCGGUUGAGGAGGACGAACAUGUGGUUGUUCGAGGCGAGAACGGGGGUCAAGUCGUUAAUUCAACCAGGGUGAUCAAUGGGGAUUCUCCAGAGAUGACUCCAGUUGCAUCGACAGAGCUUUCACAGGAGCACCAUGCUAACCCUCCGGAUGCCUUGGAUGUGGAAGGCGAUGUAGUGAUGGAGAUUGAGGAUCCGAACGGAGACAAUCAGAUGGAGGGUGGCACUGCCACCAACUCUGUUUGA